CCAUUAACAAGACACUCUGGUGACAUCCAAUAGCCAUGGCAGAAGCCGCUAACGUGCGCCAGAAUCUGCAGAAUGUGCCGUCGAUCUUUGAAAUAUCAGCGGCGGAGACGCUGGACAACCUGAUAUACCCGGCGCUGAGUAAAAUCUUCGACUACUUUGGCCUGCGGCUGGACUUUAAACUCUGGGGCAACCUGCGAGUGCGGGAGGAGCUGUCGCCGCUGCUAACCUGGAUCCUGCAGUACCUCUACCUGCGGAACCGCGCCUCCUCCUUCGGCGAGAGCUUCUACGGACUGCAGCGCACAGCCACUGGGACGGGAGAGCUCUUGACUCGACACCAACAGUUCACCUCCGCCACAUUGCUGACCUUCCUGCCGUACAUAGAGCGCAAGCUGCGGUCCCGCAGCGCCCAGCACGAAGACACCUACGCAUGGGAGUCCUACCUAAUCAAUCUGUUUCAUGCCUACAACGCUUCAAAGGCGGUUCACACAUUCGCAUACCUCAUCAAAAAGGCAUCCAGCCAUUCGCCGCUGUUCCGUGCCAUGCGCCUCACGCUGCGAUACCCGAGUGAGCCGCCUCAGGAGGACAAGUGGACUUACAUAUUCCUGAAAAUGCUGGAGGUGCUGGCCUUCUUCCUGCAGUUCAUCCAGUGGUGGUACUCCAACGAUCAACGCCGCAAGGUCGGCGGCACGCUGCAGAACCCCGAGGCCAUGCAAAAGCGAGAUCUUCCCGAGGAGGUGAAGCAGACGCUGCCCCAGAUAGGCAAGUGCCCCAUCUGCCUGCUUCCCCUGCAAACACCAACAGCGUGCUCCGUUUCGGGCUAUGUUUUCUGCUGGAAGUGCAUCAUCAGCCACAUGAAGGAGCACGGCACAUGUCCGGUGACGAGCUAUCCCAUCAGUCUGGACGACCUCGUGCGCAUUUACGAAACGUAGCGUAGCCAUAAGUCUGAGUGUUUAUUUUGUUAUAGAGAAUAUUUGUUAAAUACAUCUGAAUCAGAAUUC